GGCCUUGCUGAGCGAGUGCGGCUAGAGGUAGAGACGCACAUCAACCUUGACCAUCCCUCGGUCGUCGAGAUGUACACAUACUUCGAAGACGACCACAGCGUUUACCUGGUGUUGGAGCUUUGUGAAGGAGGGGAGCUGUACCGUUUCCUGCACGUGCGAAAGUUGAUCCCCGAGGACGAAGCCGCGGAACUUUUCCGACAGAUCGUGACUGGGAUCGAAUACCUGCACUCUCACAACAUCGCGCACCGAGACCUCAAGUUGUCAAACCUGCUCUUGACAAGCGACAAGCGGAUUAAGAUAUCGGACUUCGGCCUCUCUAUUGUCCUUAACAACGACAACAAGGAGAGCGAGACCGUCUGCGGAACCCCGAACUACAUGUCUCCAGAGGUCAUCUCCCGCUCCCCUCACGGCCUUGCCUCGGACGUCUGGUCUCUUGGCUGCCUCCUCUACUCUAUGAUCGUUGGCUGCCCUCCCUUCGAAAGGAGGAGCGUGAAGGAGACUCUGGAACGGAUCGCUCAGGUUGACUUCUCAUUCCCCGACUUCGUCUCUCCUCUCGCCCGAGACUUGAUCGGAAAGCUCAUCGUCAAGGACCCCAGCAAGAGGCUCCCUCUCUCCCUCAUCCUCGAUCAU